AUGGAAGCGGGAAGUCUCCUCCACAGUCCCAUUCCAUGGAACCCCAAGCUCUCACUGCGUCGUCGUAUUAGGUCCACUUUCCCGCGCUUCUUCUACUUUAGGGCAUUUUCCUCCUCCUCUUCUUCUUCUUCUUCUUCAGAUUCACAGGGAGGUUACAGAGGGCCAAAGCCAAGGAGGGAUUGGGUCGCCGAUUGGGUAUCCAACAACGACGACGUCGUCCGGAGCUUGCCUAUUUGCGUUGGAGGGGCGUCGCUGCUGGCUGUUCUCCUUAACCGCACCGUUUCGGGCAUUGCUCCUGUUGCUGAUGCUAGCAGUUCACAGUCAAGAGCUGAUCUUUUGACACUUGGAUUGGCUGUCACCAAUAUCCUAACUGGUCUGGUAUGGCUGUCAAUCCGACCAAAAUCUGUAUCUGUGGUAAGUCCUCAAGGGGUUGAAUGUCGAAGAAUAUAUUCUCAUCUCCCUGAUUCUGUUGUUUCUGAGUUAACAUGGGUAUGGCAAUCUCUGUCAGAGGUGACGUGCUGCAGGUCUCUAAUUGUUGUUUAUGAUAGCCAUUGUGUCCUUCAAAUUGGUUUUGCAGCUGGAUACUCUAUUGAUGAUGGCGAGCCUGUGGCCGUGGAUGCCGAUAAAUUAAUGCAAGGAUCACUCUGUCAGGGUGUUAUAAAAUCUGGGGCGCAGAGCUACUUGGCCAACCUAUCUCUUUAUCCUGGGAAGUCCGAGCUGCCAUUUCUGCCUUCAAAUACACAGGCAGUGCUUCUGCAACCACUUGGAGAGAAAGGAAUUGCAAUAAUUGGCGGUGACACAAUUAGGGGUUUCACAACUUCCGACCAGGCGUGGAUUACAUUAAUCGGAGAGAAGCUGGAUGCUACACUUGCGAAGAAUGUUAGAAACACACCAUUGGUUGUGCAAGAUCAACUUUGAAAGAAGUACUGAUAUGAAGCUAACCAUUUUCAUAUGUGUAUAAAGAUUGUUGAGGCCUUUAAGCAAGGUAAUUUUUCAAUCCUGUUUUUAGUGCAUUUCAGGAAAAUUUUAUCCUUGAAGUUUCAAUUGAUUACUUUAAGAAAGUGGGUGCAGGCUUUAUAUUAAAGUGCAUCUUUCCCUCUAUUUCCAAUAGAUAGUUUUUCCUGUCAUUUGUAAUUCUGGUUGAGCAAACUCAAAAAAUUAAAAGAUAAAAGCCCAAAAAUGAAAAUAGAAUAUUAAUGCUAGUGCAGUUUCUGCUCUUAAAGACCUCAUUGAUAUGAAAUUUUAAAUUCCGUUAAAAUGCGAAUUUGUAGAAUGGAUUAUGAAAACUAAGGUCUAAUCCCAUUUACAAAAUAUAGUCUGUAAGUUAACUGCUUGUAUAUUUGACUCUUGUCCUUUCCCCUAGUUCCAUGUCUGGAUAUACCUAUAACAACCUAGCUAGCUUUGAACUUCAGUGGCAAACCAAAGACUCGAGCCAAUGUUAAAUUCCCAACUUGUUGGUGACAGCUAGAACUCUUUUAAACAUAGGUGCUAAAUUAUUUAAGAUGCUUUCUAUAUGUUGCCUUAUUUCAUGGGUUAGCUUCAUCCCUAAUGUGAUAGAUAUAAAUUGUUUCUUCUGAGAAGUAUUCGAGGCAAAUAAGACUCUUUUCCGAAUAAGUUAAUUGUGGCCUCAAUUCAACCGUUUGACAUCACCUGCUCUAAUCAUGCUUCACCUGCCCAGUAGUUAAAGCAUAAAAUUCUUUGUCAGGUUGUUUGCCUUAUCCUUUCCUUCAAAAUCACUUCAACAUGCACUAGAUGACACCCUCUCUCUCUCUCUCUCUCUCUCUCUCGCUUUCUCUCUCUAUUUUGAGGUGGUAUACUUUAAUUUGUCCUUCUCAGAUUUCGCAAGCAACUGUCACUGCGUUUCUUUGAAAUAGAUUCUGUUCAAAAUUUUGCACUUUCUAUUCUAACAUGAACGUAUUAGAUAUCAGUGUUCUGAAGGAUAAAAAGGUACUCAGAAUUAUUCAAGAAUGCACGUAAAUAUGAAUGCAAAUGAACUGACCAGAAGCACGUUUUGGUUUUUUGUAAAAAAAAUGAAAGUGAUUGAACUGACCAGAAGUUAUACUGAUCUCCCAUUUCUAGUGAACUGUACACGAGGACACUUCCAAACUUGGGAGAUAAAGAGGGAUAUCAGAUUCAUUAGUAGUUUCUGAGGAGUAUGUUUCAAACCUCGCCGGAGCUCUCUGAGUUUGUGAAGGUUGCAUCUUGAUCAUGCUCUUCAACAUUUUUAGUUGCAAAACAAGUCUAGUACUUGUCGAUUUCUAGUUGCUCAGAAAAUUAAAUAGAGAGCAAUUGUCCAUUUCUAGUUAUAUGCUUCACAAAUUGUUCGCUAAACUAUUCAGAGUAUCUGUAUGGAGUUAUGUAAUAGGCCAAAUACUAGGGUUUUAUAUCCUCCCAGUUUUUUUAUAAAUAGAAUUGUCCUGUUCUGUACC